AUGGCAGAUAAUCUUAAUAACCCAGUAAAUUUAUAUAAUAAUAAUAAAUGGCGGAGCUCGCUAUAUUCUCAAGGUCUUAAGACACCAUUCAGUGGACUUAUUAUUUGUCAGUUGAACGAGCCUAAUAAACGUGGAGUGAUUGAAAUUCCAUUACUAGUAAAGCUAAUACAUUCUCCCACUCGUCACUUUGUGUCUACAAUCACCCAGAACUAG